AUGAAAUACGGGGAGCAGUUUGAGAAGGAGUCAGUUCCGCAAUGGAGCCUUCAUAACAUCGACUACAACUCCCUCAAACAUCACAUCAAGGCGCACACCACCAAGGACCAAGCGACCGCCAUUGCUAUCCCUGGCCAUCGGGACACAGCACUGACCAAGUUCGAGGAUGAGCUGUACGACGAGUUGUGCCGACAACAUGACCGGGUCGACCUGUUCGUCCGCAGCAAGGCCGAUGAGAUUGCCCGCCGGUUGCAACAUCUGUCGAACAAAAUACAUCGCCUAAUCCUCCGCUGUGCGACAUCGCCACGCGAGACUGUGUCCCUGAAGCGCCGGCAGCGGUUUGCCAAGUACGAGCACGUGCUGCUGAGAUGCGGCGACGACAUCCGCUCUCUGCAGCGUUUCGUGAAUGCGCAGGUGGUCGCAUUUCGCAAGAUCCUAAAGAAGUAUAGGAAGUGGACCGGCUCAUCGGCCUUGGGAUCUCGUUUUAAGGAUAACGUUCUGUCGCACCCAAAGAGUUUCACGAGGCGCGAUUUCUCCCAGUUGCAGUCUCUGUAUGACGACUUGCUGCAGACACUGCAGGCUGCAACACCAGCCGCAACACCGGCCGAAUGGAGCGGUGACGGGUCAAACGCGGCCGAGCCGGUGCAUUCUCCCCGGCCCAGCGAGCAGAUCUCGCCAAGCGAGACGUUGGUCGUGCCCGAGUCGCAGCAAUUUGCGGGUGGUUACUGGAAUGAGUACGACUGCGGCAGCGAAGCGGGCGAUUUCAAUCGGGAUGCAGAUGCCGAGUACGCAAUCUACGUCGACCCCAACGAAGAAGUCGGCUUCCCGGGGAUGAAGACACUCCGCGCACUCUUCACGACACCGGCUCGGAAACUCCACGCAUGGAUGUCCGGCCGCCAUCCAGACGACGAGCGCGGCCCUCUCCUCCCGGCCCAUGCCAGCCGCAGCACCUACGGCGCCACCACGCGAUCCGUCGAACCAAGCUACUUCAGCAUCCCUCCCGGUAGUGCGGACCCGGCCGGGGCCGCCUCGCCGCUGGUGGCGGACACGGAUGCCGAGGACGAGAGCAGCUGGCACCGGCCGUCCAACCGGCACAGCCGGCGCGGGUCGUACAACAACAACAACGGGUACGCGUCCUCGUCCGAGGAAGGCGGCGGCGCCAUUUUCUUCCCCGCGGGCUACCGCGCGCACUACGCAGCGGCGCUGCCGAGCGUCGAGGAGCAGCGCAUUGCCCACUACAGGGAGAGGGUGCUUUUCUGGGGCGCCUGGGCUUGCUAUGCCGUGGCGUUUGUGCUGAUGGGGAUCGCCGCCGUGCUCGUGGUUGCGGGGCGCAACAAGAUGCGUCUCGAGGUAGACGCCGGUGUCACCCUGGGAAUCAUGACGUCGCUCGGCCUGGCCUGCGCCGCGCUGAGCAUGGCCUGUUCACGGCGCUGGGGACGGCAGUCGCUGCUGGGGAGGCUGGCCGUGUGGACCACUUUCGCCGUGGUCUGUGUCGGGGACGGGGCUCUGCUGGUGCUCCUGAUGGGGAAUACGAGGUUAUGA